AUGAGUGACAGUGGCAGUAAGAGUGCAGAUCAAGCUACAGAUGGAAACUCCCACAGGCGCAGGCAUGGUCAGCCCAGGUCAUGUCCUGAUAGUAGUAAUGAUACUGAUACUAGCAUUGAUAUUGGUAUCAAUGAUGCUACUGAAGAAGAAAAGGAAUUUUGCACCUCAGAGUCAGAAGUUGGAGAUUCUAGACAAGUCCAAGAACGACUCAACCGAACGUUCGGCAAUCGACAAGACGCUCACAAUCAGGCAGCCAAUUUAGCUGCAGCUAUGUCUACCAGUGUGUCUAUGCAUACUACUGGUACUGAAGGCACUACAACUAGCAAUACACAUACACAGACUGAUACCACUAUGAACAAUUCUGAGUCAAGAAGUCCAAAAACUCAAAGAGAUACCAACCAAAGUACUGCUAGUACUUCUAGUACUGCUACUUACACAAAAACUGAACAAGAGGAACAUCAAGAAGGCUCAGAGGCAGAAGAAGAAUUUGACAUUCUAGAAGUGGUACAACGAAGAAUCCGAGGAUCAUUCAACAAACCUGAAUAUGCUAACAAGGUGGCUGCCAAAAUUAGAGAUUACAGCAACAACAACAGCUCUACCAACAACUCCAUUCCUGCAGAACACUUUCAAGAAGAACAACAACACUUUCAAGAAGAACAGGAUGAGCAAGACCUCAUGAGGCAUGUAUUGUCCACCAGAAUCAGACAAGUGCAGGAAGAUGAUUUGCCACAGCAAUUCCAAAAACAACAACAGCAACAGCAAGACCAGAGCAUUAUGAUUCUGGCUGGAUCAAAUCAUUCCAUUGACAGUCUUGCAAAACAGCAAAUACAGCAUACUCUGCACAUCAAACAGAACAAUCUACAAAUGGUGGAUCUUACCAAUUCAGAAAACAACCACCACAACCAUCACAACCACAACAACUCUAAUGCAACAGAACAAGACUUACUGCAAUCCUCCAUAGCAGAAGACGAAACUGUUACCAGCCCGCCCUCCUUGCGACGCGAUGGUCCACGACGAGUCCAAGUAUUGCCACCGGGAGCUUACAGAAUGGACGGUCCGGGAGAUACUAUUCAACAAUCCACGCCUUCAACCGUCGAAACCACAUCUUGCGUCGAAUUGGGAAUGGCACGACGAGCCCAAGAAGAUGCAUUGCUCGCCGAAGGAAACAAUUGGAAUUUCAAUAAUACCGAUACGAUGCAAAACAAUGUUGACAAUGACAAUGACAAUAAUGAUACCCACCCACAGCCAAUGGAUGCCAUGGCCGAAUGGCAAGAUGAAAUGACACUCCACGACGAUGACGAUGACACCAAUCCACAAAAAUGCAGCCGAAAAAACACGUGGAUUGUCGUGGGAGGUCUACUCUGCCUCACUAUUGUUGUCAUUCUCGGCAUUGUCAUUGCUGUGACUGCGAGCGGAGGUUCCAAAUCGAACCAUGACGACGCGACAAUCAUAAUCACCCAGCCCACCAUGGCACCGACCACCACCGUCGCACCCACAUUGCCCUUUGACGAAUACGUCUUGACACUGUUGCCACUCGAAACGGUGACAGUCAUUACUCGGGAUGAUGCAGAAUCAUCGCCACAAGCCCGGGCGUAUCAAUGGCUCAUUUCCAAAAACAAUCCCAAACGACACGAAUUGACACAACUCACGGCCCUACGAAUCGUCCAACGCUGGACAUUGGCAGCCUUGUUCUAUGCCACUGAUGGAACCUACUGGACACACAAGGAGGGAUGGCUCAAAUAUCACGUACACGAGUGUCUCUGGUGGUCUUCGGGAUCUUUUGACGAUACAGUCAGCAUUAUCAACACAACAACAACUACCACUGCUGUGCGCAACAACACCAACAGCAACAACAUCUGCGAACAGGAUCCAAUCACCUUUGAAGAAAAUACACUGGCAGAGGGGACGAUUCGACACAUUUGGUUAAAUGGAAACAAUCUCGUUGGAGAUUUCGAUCAAAUAUUACAAUCCUUACUCCCCUUGUUGCCAGAUCUCAAGACCAUUGCCAUGAAAAUGAAUCCGGGAAUUACGGGAUCGAUUCCAUCGUGGCUAUUUUCCAACAACAAUCACUUGCAAGGACUGAGUUUGGCACGAACCCAAAUCACGGGAUCGUUACCUCCCGCACUCUUCACGAGCAGCCAACUCCAAGCGCUCUUGCUGCAAUUCGCUCCCGUGACGGAAGAUCUCCCUUCGAUGUUGGGGCAUUUGACGGAGCUACGGUAUCUCUUGCUGGAUGGGACGCUCUUUGAGAGUGCUAUCCCGACAGAGUUGGGCAAUCUAUCGCUGCUGCAAUAUCUCUACAUCAACUUUCUUUCUUUGACGGGUACCCUUCCCACGGAAAUUGGUCUUUUGAGCAACCUGCGUCAUCUGGACGUGCAAUCCUCUGGACUGGUCGGAUCCUUGCCAACGCAGCUGGGGCUUCUUUCCGCGCUAGAAUGGCCCUCACUGCAAGGGAAUCGGUUUACUGGAAAUAUACCCACCGAACUAGGGGGUUGCAGGUCCAUUGAUGCAAUCGAAUUCCAAAACAAUUCCUUGGUCGGCCACAUUCCUUCCGAGAUUGGGUUGUUGUCGAAGCUCAGGUUGCUUGAUUUGGAAAAGAACGAUCUGAGUGGGACCGUUCCUUUGGAGGUGGGAUGCCUGGCGGAGUUUACGGGCAAGGGUUCCUUGACUCAUGUCUAUAUUAACGACAACCCCAAUCUAUCGGGAAGGAUUCCCAACGAGCUCUGUUUCGCCGAAUUGAUGACGUUUGAUUGCAUUGGGCUGUGUGGGUGUAAUUUGUGUACGUGCCCACUGACCCUUCCAUGA